AUGGUCAGACACAGGAGUUCAACAUCGCGGAGGAAUGCAAGUGAUAGCCGGCAGGCUGAUACGCAGCCUACAACGGCUUCGGAAGCCGCCUCAAGAACCAUGAACCCCAGGAACACUUCUAAGUCAGGCACUCAAGAUGGAGAGGUGAAGCAGCAUUUACCCACAAUCCGGUUCUAUCCUCACCAGGAAAUUAGAAAUGGACGACCCUCCCUCAACUUCACGCCCAUAGCGAGGACGUUACCCAGCGAACAUUCCAUCAUAAGAGUUGGCCGUUACUCCGAGCGAGAGGGGGUCCCCUCGUCCAAUCCUACCGGCCCCUCCGAUGCGCCCGUUGGCUUCAAAUCCAAAGUCGUCAGUCGGAGACACUGCGAGUUCAGUUUCCUCGACGGUCAAUGGCAGAUCAAGGAUGUCGCCUCUUCGUCCGGCACGUUUCUUAACCAUAUCAGACUGAGUCAGCCCAACACCGAGUCAAGGCUCUUCCCUAUCAAGGAUGGUGACAUUGUGCAACUGGGGAUCGACUUCAGGGGAGGAGAAGAGAUGAUAUUCCGAUGUGUCAAGAUCCGCAUUGAGUGCAAUCGGGCAUGGCAGAAGAAGGCAAACAACUUCAACAAGGCCAGACACCAGCAACUGCAGAGUCUUGCGAAAGACCAGCCAUCAGCAGAUGCCAACAGCGGAGAGUGCUCUAUAUGCUUGGGUUCCGUAUUGCCAUGCCAAGCAUUAUUUGUUGCUCCUUGCGCUCAUGUCUGGCAUUAUAAAUGUAUCCGACCGCUGCUUGAAGGCAAGAACAGUGUUUAUCCGCAGUUCCAGUGUCCGAAUUGCAGAGCAUAUUCCGAUCUCACCGCAGACGUUGACCUUGCUCAAUCCGACAUAGACGAGUGGAUGGACAACACUGAUGACCAAGAAAACCAACCCACCGAAAUCAAUGCAGAACGGAUCAAUGAACCAACUGCCCCGUCGACUGGUCACAUGAAUGGCCAAGUAACAGGUGAGCCGGCGGCCGAUAACCCGCUGAGCAAUGCGAACUCGCAAGCAAACCAAGGUACCUUGAGUUUCCCGGAGAACCCUCCCGUCGCCGUCACACAACCCGGGGUCAACACUGAUGGCAACGCUUCUUCACCACUGGCUAUCAGGAGCUCUGGGCUUCUCGCCCGAAGACAAGCAACAAAUCCAGCUUCACCCGAACUUUCGACCAUGAAUGGUAAUAUCGACAUGCCCGAUCGAGCGGAUGAAGCCGAGCUGGGCGGUCAGCUCGAACACCAACGCACGAAUACGCAGACUCCUGACCCCACUGAGAUGAUAGCCGGAGAAGGUCCGUUGACUCCUAGGAAUAACGCCGGACCUUUCGUGUUUGACGGCAGUGCUGGGAGAUCGGAUGCGAGGCAUUUGCUUGUCCCCAGUGUUGGUCAGGUUGCUGACGGGAAAUGA